AAGGAGGCGCUUCGCUAAUGUGAGCCGGGAGCUGUAGAGCAGUGUCUUAGCGGUAGUUGCAGAGCUCCAUCCUAACGGCGAGCCCUCCGCAAUAUUGACACCCUUCUGCAGCAAACAAAAAAGCGAACUUUACAGCUGUCCGCAAGCGCACCAUUCCCCGCAGCAUAUGUUAAGCGAUCAAACAUCUGAGUUUUUCUUUUAAUUGAUCGUGGGGUAUCUACCAAAAGAAACAAGAGUCCCCUAAAAAGAGCAGGAGCAACAAUGAGGGAAAUUCUACACAUCCAGGCUGGACAAUGCGGGAACCAGAUCGGAGCCAAGUUUUGGGAGGUGAUCAGCGACGAACAUGGAAUUGAUCCUUCGGGAAGUGCCCGUGGUGAAAGUGGUAUACAGCUGGAUAGGAUCAACGUCUAUUACAAUGAAGCAGCCGGUGACAAGUAUGUUCCUCGUGCAAUUCUGGUGGAUUUGGAACCUGGGACUAUGGACUCUGUCAGAUCUGGACCAUUUGGACAAAUAUUUAGACCAGAUAACUUUGUAUUUGGUCAAAGUGGUGCUGGAAAUAAUUGGGCCAAAGGUCACUACACUGAGGGAGCUGAACUGGUGGAUGCAGUGCUUGAUGCGGUGAGGAAGGAGUCUGAAAGCUGUGACUGUUUACAGGGAUUCCAGCUCACUCACUCUCUGGGUGGUGGUACUGGCUCUGGGAUGGGCACCCUCCUCAUCAGUAAGAUCCGGGAAGAAUACCCUGACCGUAUCAUGAACACAUUCAGUGUGAUGCCCUCACCUAAAGUUUCGGACACUGUGGUGGAGCCAUACAAUGCUACCCUGUCUGUCCAUCAGCUGGUGGAGAACACAGACGAGACAUACUGCAUUGACAAUGAAGCCCUUUAUGAUAUCUGCUUUCGUACCAUGAAGCUGACCACUCCCACAUACGGAGACCUUAAUCACUUGGUCUCUGCAACCAUGAGCGGAGUUACCACAUGCCUUCGCUUUCCUGGACAACUCAAUGCUGACCUUCGCAAGCUGGCAGUGAACAUGGUGCCCUUCCCUCGGCUCCACUUCUUCAUGCCAGGCUUUGCCCCACUAACCAGCCGUGGCAGCCAGAAUUACAGAGCACUCACUGUGCCAGAGCUAACCCAGCAAAUGUUUGAUGCUAAAAAUAUGAUGGCAGCUUGUGACCCGCGGCAUGGACGCUACUUGACCGUUGCUGCCAUAUUCCGAGGCCGGAUGUCCAUGAAAGAAGUAGAUGAGCAGAUGCUGAAUGUUCAGAACAAGAACAGCAGUUACUUUGUGGAGUGGAUUCCCAAUAACGUUAAGACAGCUGUCUGUGACAUUCCUCCCCGGGGCCUCAAAAUGUCCUCUACCUUCAUCGGCAACAGCACUGCCAUUCAGGAGUUGUUCAAGCGAAUCUCUGAUCAGUUCACUGCCAUGUUCCGUAGGAAGGCCUUCUUGCACUGGUACACUGGAGAGGGGAUGGAUGAGAUGGAGUUCACUGAAGCUGAGAGCAACAUGAAUGACCUGGUAUCAGAGUACCAACAGUAUCAGGAUGCUACUGCAGAUGAACAGGAAGAGUUCGAAGAAGAAGAGGGAGAUAAUGAUGAAGCAUAGGUAUGGUGGGAUCAUCAAGAAGCCUCUCUAUUGGAGAGAAAGUUGUUUUGAGUCAACUAUUGAAUUCUGCUGAUUCUUCCAGCCAUUUAAUUAAGAAGACAUUGUGAUGCUAAUGGAAAUGGAAUUCCUUUUUGAAGGUUUGUGUGUGUGGUUUAAUAUGAUCUGUAGUUUUAAAACAAUAGUGCCCACAGUAGGCUAUGUUCUGAAAUUCAACUUUAUGAACUGGCCUGAAAAGUCUUAUCCUGCAGCUGCUGAACCUGUCUGAGUACCUUGUUUUAGUUUGUUAAGAAAAAGUGAGGUCUGCAGAUGCUGGAGAUCAGAGCUGAAAAUGUGUUGCUGGAAAAGCGCAGCAGGUCAG